AUGUUGUUUCUGGAUGACAACUAUGUAUCAUUUUGGUCGAUGGUUCGGUGGGAUAGAGAGUGCCAUAUUUUGCUUCUUGUCGACAUGACAGUUGAAGAGGUGAAGAUGGCCAAAACGAUGGCAAGAAAGAUGAUGCACAUGGAUGCCCCUCGAAGUCGCCUCAGGGUGGCGGUGGACGACGAGGAUUCACCCUUGCUGGUUGAACCUACCUCGACGACGAAAGGAAAGGACGGCGCUUCUGCUCAACGUUCCUCAAAAAAGUUUAAGAUUUUGAAAAUAACGUUGCCUCAUCUGGCGUUGCUGCUGUUCGUCGUGUGCUACGCGAAGUUCGGCGCGUUCGUCUUUCAGACCCUCGAAGCUGCCGCCGACCAGGGGACUCGGCAGAAAAAGCUCGACCGCAUCUCAGCUCUUCGAACGGACAUCGUCGGCUAUUUGACCAACUCGUGUGGGGCCCUCGACAUCGUCUGGAAGCACGAAGUGAACGAUCUGUUGACCGCCCUGGCCCAGACCCACGCUGCCGAGGACCACCUGAACUACGAGCCCGACGAUAUGGCGAAAAGUCGCUGGGACGCGACCGACGGCUUCCUUUACGCGUGGUCGAUCCUCGUGACUGCUGGUAAAUAA